CAGGGCUGGCAAGUUGGGGGAGGGCAGGCCAGGCAGGGAAAGUAAAGUGGGAGCCCGCUGCCGCCCGGGCUGGUGCUGGUGCGGGUGCCGAUGCCCCCCCGCGCGCCCUUGCCGGGGGCCCGCGCGAGCCCCGCGGGGCGCUGCCCGGCGCCGGAAUGCCGGCGCCGCUGAAGCGCUGAGCGCUCCCGCCCGGCACGGCCCGGCCCGGCCCCGGGGUGCCGGGGGCAGGCUGGCGACGCCCCCGCGCCCUCCCCCGCCCUGAAGAUGCCGAGCGGCUGGGCGGCAUGGCCAACGGGACAGGCAGCAUCAUGCUGAAGUGCGUGGUGGUGGGGGACGGCGCCGUGGGGAAGACCUGCCUGCUCAUGAGUUACGCCAACGACGCCUUCCCCGAGGAGUACGUGCCCACCGUGUUUGACCACUACGCAGUCAGUGUUACAGUUGGGGGUAAGCAGUAUUUGCUGGGUCUGUACGACACUGCAGGACAGGAAGACUAUGAUCGUCUGAGACCUUUAUCUUAUCCUAUGACCGAUGUCUUCCUUAUCUGCUUCUCAGUAGUAAAUCCCGCCUCAUUUCAAAAUGUGAAGGAGGAGUGGGUACCAGAGCUAAAGGAGUAUGCACCUAAUGUACCCUUUUUAUUAGUUGGAACUCAGAUUGAUCUUCGUGAUGAUCCAAAAACUAUAGCAAGAUUGAAUGAUAUGAAAGAGAAGCCUGUAUCUCUGGAGCAAGGGCAGAAGUUAGCAAAAGAGAUAGGAGCCUGCUGCUAUGUGGAGUGUUCAGCUUUAACACAGAAAGGACUGAAGAGUGUUUUUGAUGAGGCUAUUAUAGCCAUUUUAACUCCAAAGAAACACACAGUGAAAAAAAGAAUAGGAUCACGAUGCAUAAACUGCUGUUUGAUCACGUGAGAUACAGCUGACAAUGGCCAGGUCUACUGUGAAAUUCUAUCAGAAGCUCAAAUAAUACAGCGCAUAAGUACACAUAGAACUUGUUACAGGUCAUA